AAUGUGAAGCUUUGCCUGCUCUGUCAGCUGGGAAAUUAAGGGAAAGUCGGUGGGAUUUUGGUGCUGGAAGUAUAGUGAAGUGAGAAAGCCUUGGUUAGAGCAGUUGUCUUUAUUCAGAUGCUUUAUUAUAGUGGGGAUUUGGUUGUUUGUUUGUAGCUUGUUACUAUUGACUUAAAUGAAAUGCUCAGGAGAAGUCCCUUUGUGUAGGACUUGAUGCCCAAGCCCUACUCUGUUUUGCUAAAGAGGGGAGGAAAGAACUUGAAGUGAGGGGUUCAGGCCUUCAGUCUUCAUGACCACGAACAAUGAAUACCAUCUGUUAUUUAUGGUGGGCACUACUAGAGAAUGUGGCAAGAUUAUCUCCAUCAGAAAGUGCUCUGGCUGAUUCUGAGGAGGAUGUGGAAGAACAUUCAGAAGAGCAAAGCUUCUCAGCAAAAAUGCCUCCAAAUGGGAAGGCCUUACAUUUUCACCCUUCAGUUCUGCAUUUUGGAAUGCAAUUACUGGGUUUGCCAAGAGCUAAAAUGCUGCAUGCCUACAAUCCUAGUAGAGAUAGAGAAGUUGUAGUGAAUUCAGUGUUUACAACUUCUAGACAGUUUCAUGUGUCUCCCUCACAUAGCCAGGUGAUUCCAGCUAUGGGAAAAAUUUCAUUCAGAGUGCUUUUUCUGCCAACAGAGGAAGGCAAUAUUGAAAGCUCACUAUUUAUAAAUACCUCAUCUCAUGGAGUACUUUCAUAUCAGGUUUUUGGCAUGGGAACUCUAGCAUCUUCUCCAGAAGAGCCUAGAAUACAGCUAGCAAAUGCCUACUUACUGCUUCCACACAUUCAGAGCAUCCAGACAUUGCAAACACAGGCAGAAAUGAUGAAUAGCAGCCUCUUGCAUGUUCACCUUGAAUGCAGUUUACCUAAUGAUGCAUAUCAACAAGUUAAGAGUUGCUGUUCUAUGUCCGAUGAUCCAAUGCUGCUAGAAAUGAGCUUAACGGUAAGAAUGGAAAAUGCCCAACAAGAUUUUGUGGAGCAAAGACAAUACUUACUGGAGAAUCUUUUUGUAGUUUUUGUAGCAAUGGAAAAAACGAAGACCUCAGGUGAUUUCACAGUGGAUAUGUACGUCUUACAUUCUGGGAACAGCUGUGUGCGUAUACAGGACAUCAGGCAGUUGUCACGAAAAGACAGAACACCUGUGGAGUUUGAGCCAGUACUGCUAUCUUCAUCAUCUACUAACUUUACAAAAGUUGCCUCUAUUCCUUGUAAAGCUGCAUUCUGUGACGAUGCAAGGCCUUACUCUGAUGACAAGAGGAAUAGCCUAGUAGAAGGCAAUACAGCACUACAAGCCUGCCUUUCCUGUCCAGUUUUAGAAGGGUAUUUUGAUGUUGAUCCUUCUGCAGCAAUGUUUCAUAUUGAACCACACCAUAAUAUUUCAGGAUUUUGGUCCAUAUGGUUUACAAACAACUUUGAAUUCAGCAUUGAGCUGAAUGAAGUCUACGUAUCCAGAGAAACAAAGGACAUCUUGAAGAUUCUGAACUUCGCUGAGCCUUUGACUCUAUCUCCGGGCUGUUGGAAUGUAUUUUCUUUGAAACUUGAUGUGAAAAACAACGUAACAGAUGUGCUUUCUAGUAUUUGUUUGGCCACCAGUGUAGGAGUGAUGAUUGAAAUACCUCUGCAGAUAUAUUCAACUGUGUCCAAGCAAGCAGAUCUUCAUUUUGAAGCCAUUACCCACUGCGAUAUUCAGUGUUACCUGGGAAAGUCUGAUUCAGCAAAUCUGCUUUGGCAGAGGAGUCUCUCUCUGGACCGUUCUGCCUGGGAUGUGGAUUCUGAGCUGGCAAGUGAGCUUUAUGAAAGAUGGCAAAAAAUAAGACACGGGGAAGCCUGCAGGAGGAGAAGCAUUCUGGGAUCAACUCGCUUGAUUCAUAAGAAGCAGCCUGAGGAGGAGGUGUCAUUUGCCUUUUUCUUGCCACGGUUGACUGCAGAGCCCAGCCUUACGCUCAGCUUCAAUGCCACAGCAGUUAAAAGUAGCGUGGUGAAGUAUUUCAUACUGAGAAAUCCUUCAUCCUUUCCAGUUGCACUGCAGCUUCUGCCUCUCUCUUACUACCCUGAUCCCCAAGCUUCACUGAGUCUGCUCAGCAAAUGGUUUGGCAUAAAUACUCAAGCUAUUAAUUUCACCACCACUGAGUUCAGGCUCUUGGAUGAAUAUUCUCACAGGAAUGCACACCAAGAGGAUCUCAUCAACAAGAAAUGCAGUUCUGAGCUGCUUCAGUUAAAUUUACAACCACUAGAAACCAGAAAAAUUGGUGUAAUUUUUACACCAGUUGACUACAAAAGAGUGGCUUCAGUUAUUUUAAUCAGAAACAACUUGACUGUUCUGGAUGUGGUCAAUGUAGAAGGCUAUGGAGCCAGAGAAUUACUUAAAGUAGGGGGAAGACUGCCAGGUGCAGGAGGAUCUCUUAGAUUCAAGGUUCCAGAAGCUACUCUGAUGGACUGCAGACGACAACUGAAAGACAGCAAGCAAAUUCUGUCCAUCACGAAGAACUUCAAAGUAGAGAAUAUUGGGCCUCUUCCUAUAACAAUUUCAUCAAUGAAAAUCAAUGGUUACAGUUGCCAAGGAUAUGGAUUUGAGGUGUUAGACUGUCAGGAAUUUUUUCUGGCUCAGAACUCAUCACGGGAGAUCAGCAUCGUAUUCACUCCUGAUUUUACAUCUUCAUGGGUAAUCCGGGAGCUUACACUGGUGACUUCUGCUGAUCUAGAGUUCCACUUCACGCUUAAUGUGACUCUUCCUCACCAUUUGUUACCACUCUGUGCAGAUGUGGUGCCAGGACCCAGCUGGGAGGAGUCUUUCUGGAGGCUCACUGUCCUUUUUGUAAGUUUGUCCCUACUCGGUGUGAUUCUGAUAGCCUUCCAGCAAGCCCAGUAUAUUUUAGCAGAGUUCAUGAAAUCAAGACAGAGAGCAAAUCCUAGUUCUUCAUUGCAGCAGAACAGCAACUCUGUUGAUGUCAUCAGCUCUGAUACUUACAAGGGCAGCUGUAAGACAUUUAUGGAUUCCUAUAGUUCCUCAGAUAAAGGUAAAGGGAAGGGCUUCAUGUCUGUAGGCACUUCUUCUAGCCGAAGUCAGAAUGCUGCAAAGAGGAGUCCUGCAACCUACAGCCACUCUCAGAAGAAACACAAAUGUUCGGUUUACUACAGUAAGCAAAAGCCAAAUGCAGCAGCUGGCGGUGCCAUUGCAACUACUGAGGAGAAACAAAAUCAGAUUGUGGAGAACCAAAUCUCAGCACCAAAAGAGGACAUUUGUGCUGAUGUUGUCAGUGAGAACUGGGUAACUUUAAAAUAUGCAAAUGGCAUAAAUGUUAACAAGAAUUUAACUCUUCCAGAAAACUUUCUGGGCAAAGAAGAAACUGCACUGAAAAAUACAGUUCUCAUUAAAAGUAGUUCUUCAGAGUGCAAUCUGAAGGAAGAUCUUCAAACAUGUAUGUUUCCUAAGGAAACUAACCUUAAAGCUUCUGAAAAUCUAGCUGAGCUCAAGGAACAGGAAUUCAGUCCUGUGAAGGUGUCAAAGAAGCUACCUGAAAGUCACUUGUCAAGAAGUUCACCUCAGCAACAGCCGGAACUGCAGGAAAUUUCUAGGAAAAUUAGUGGAAAUAACCAGCAAGUGCUUCUCAGGAAUGAGACAGAAAACUGUGAGACCUUAAAAAAGCAGAUCAACAUGAAGCCUUCCACUGAGAAAAAGAUUAAUAAAGGACGUAAAGAAGAGACGCUGUGCUGUACAAAAGAGGAGAUCACUUCCUCUGAGCAAGAAGAUGCAUUUAGGAAGAAGAAGCCUCAAGAGAAGAAGGAAGGAAAUGUACCAAAUAUGAAUUGGAAUAGAAAUAGAACAUCUCGGAAAAAUAAGAAAAAGAAUGUUAACAUAUCUACAAGGGUCCCUGAGCAGAGUGAGUUGAAGCAUCUGUGCAGUGAAUAUGAAAGACUGGACCUGAGAACGAAUAUUGGAAUAAGAGCCUGGUGUCCUCAGGGUGAUGGGGAAAAUUGUAAAGCAGACCAAAAGCCUGGGAGCUUGCGUAUGCAGGGAGAAACAGAAAGCUUUUAUCAACGGUCCAAAAAGAAGUGUUUGGAGAAGUUUUGUUCUGAUUCAAGCUCAGAUUGUGGAAGUUCAUCAGGAAGUGUUCGUGCCAGUCGUGGGAGCUGGGGUAGCUGGAGCAGUACCAGCAGUUCUGAUGGAGAUAAAAAGCCCAUGAUUACUGCCAGGCAUUUUCUUCCAUCCCGGGAGAAUAUUUCACAAAACGAUUUUCCAUCUGAAACUCCUAUCACUUUAAAUCUGUCUCAUAACAUCUGCAAUACCAGCAGAGACGCAAAUAGCGUUCCUCAGUAUCCUGAUACCUUGUGUCCCAAUUUCACUGAUGUAGCUGCAGAUCCUGAAAAGAAUAAAGGUCUUUACCCAGCAGGAGACCUUUGGCCUCCCCAGCCUGUCUGCCUGACAAACAGUUUAAACUACAACCUUGAGAAUAAUCUGCCAUGCAUGAUCCAAGAAACACCCUCGAUCCACAACAGCUUCAUUGACUGGAACGCAACUUGUGACAGCCAGUUUUCCAACAUGUAUUGUCCAUUUGAGAUGAACGAAUAUGGUGCUAUUCCAGAAGAAAACAUGAACUACCCCAGCAGCUUCCCGGGCACAGCUGCAAUGCAGAACACAGCUUUCAUUGACCAGAGCUGCACCUCCACCUGGAAUGCACCACACAACAUGCCGCCUACCUGGGAGCCCGCCAGUUAUGUCAACUCCACACCCUACCUCUCGAGUACCCGAAGCUUAUCUCCAAUGUCUGGACUUUUUGGUUCCAUCUGGGCACCACAGAGUGAUGUUUAUGAAAGCUGCUGCCCUGUCGGUGCCACGACCCAACACUCAACUCAUGUUGAGAACCAAGCUGUUAUGUGUAAGCAGGAAUACUAUCCGAGGUUUAACCCGUUCCGUGCCUACAUGAACUUGGAUAUAUGGACUACAGCAGCCAACCGAAAUCCAAAUUUCCCACUUUCGAGGGACUCGGGUUACUGUGGAAAUGUGUGAAAGGAAUUUGGUUUAAAAAUGUGAAUAAAGAUGCUUGCAAUUUUGAUUACUAGAGUAAGCUGGUUGUUGAAUAGAUUACAAUGUUGGUGGAUAUUUUGGCACUUUUAUAUUGAAAAUAAAUUUUUUUUUUUUUUUUACUUAA